AUGAGCAAGACAUUCACCCCCGCCGACGUCGCCAAGCACAACACCCCCGACCAGGGCCUGUACAUCAUCGUCGACAACUCCGUCUACGACGUCACAAACUUCGUCGACGAGCACCCCGGCGGCGCGAAGAUCCUGAAGCGUGUCGCGGGGAAGGAUGCCUCGAAGCAGUUCUGGAAGUACCACAAUGACGGUGUCCUGAAGAAGUACUCGCCGAAGCUGAAGAUUGGAGAUGUGAAGGAGGGCGCGAAGCUGUGA